UAGAAACCCCAAGGUUCAACUUCCAAGAUAUUGCGACGAUGGCGAACGUGGCUAACCUCAGCCGAUGAAUAAAAAAGUCGUGACAUCCGGCACAGAGCAAGUCCAUUCUUUCAGGCUUAUUUUUAGUUUACGAAACCAUCUUCAGCGUCCUUUAUGGCAGCAUCGGGGACAAUGGACAACAUGAAGAAGUUCGCGUGGCAGGCUGGUACUUUCUUGACCAGAGCCAGACAGUACACUGAGGAGAAGCUUGGUAAUGCUGAGAAGACGGAGCUGGACGCUCAGUUUGACAAUCUGCAACAGAGAGCAGAUCGCACAAAGCAAUGGACAGAGCGCAUCAUAUCCCGUACAGAGGCUGUACUCCAGCCCAACCCAAUCAAACGUAGUGAAGAUUUUGUGAAUGUCAAGCUGGACCGCAAAGUACCAGACCGAGAGACAAACUCUGAGGGACUGGGUUUGACUAUGAUCGAGGCAGGAAAUGAACUCGGACCUGGAACCCAGUAUGGUGCAGCCCUGGUUCUGGUGGGCACCACCCAGAAGAAGCUCGGCCAAUUCGAGAAGGAAUUUCUGCAGACGGCCGUCACCAGCUUCAAUAAUCCGCUGCAUAAUUUCCUGGACAAUGAUAUGAAGACGAUCACUAAGGAGCGAAAGAUCUUAGAAAACAAACGCCUGGAUCUUGACGCAGCCAAGGGGAAACUUCGCAAGACUAAAAGUCCAGAAGCAAACAAACUUCCUAUUGGUGAAGAGCUGACACGCGUUGCCGAGUCCGAACUUCGAGUGGCACAGUCCGAGUUUGAUCGCCAAUAUGAAAUCACCAAACUUCUACUGGAGGGUAUAAGCAGUGCACAUUCUAACCAUCUGAGCCGUCUGCAAUACUUUGUUGAGGCUCAGCAGGCGUACUUUGAGCAGUGCCAGAAAGCCAUGGCCGAACUUCAAACCCAAAUGGCCAAUAUUCCAGGGUCAGUUUGUAACAUCCGCCAAUAUAUCGUCCCGGCGGCCGGUGCCAAUUCCACGACCCCAACCGCCCCGCCCAUAGGGGGCGACAUUCUACAAGAUAGCGCCUCGCCUGCGCAAAACGGCAGGCGAAAGGCACGGGUGUUGUAUGACUAUGAUGCGGCCGACCAAUCAGAGCUAUCCUGUCUGGCAGAUGAGUUAAUCACCGUGUAUAGCUUGCCUGGUAUGGAUAAAGAUUGGGUGAUGGCCGAGAGGGGCAUGGACCAGCAAGGCAAGGUACCGCUGACGUAUCUUGAGUUCGUGUCUUGAAUCAAGAAACGAGAAAACGAAGAAAAAAAUAUGUAUAAAAUUUAAACAAAGUUAAAGGGCUGGGUACUCUUUGUAGGAUGCAAAACACA